CGAGAUCAGCACUGGAUGCAGCUGCACGCUCCACAAAACCUCCACGAUACAAAUGUGGGAUCUCUAAAGCUUGUCCUGAAAAGCAUUUUGCAUUCAAAAUGGCAAGUGGGGCAGCGAAUGUAGUUGGACCUAAAAUUUGUGUAGAAGAUAAUAUUUUAAUGAGUGGAGUUAAAAAUAAUGUUGGCAGAGGAAUAAAUGUGGCCUUGGUCAAUGGUAAAACAGGAGAACCACUAGACACUAAAUUCUUUGACAUGUGGGGAGGAGAUGUGACACCAUUCAUUGAAUUUCUGAAGAACAUUCAGGAUGGAACAAUAGUGUUAAUGGGAACAUAUGAUGAUGGUGCAACCAAGCUUAACGAGGAAGCACGGAAGCUGAUUGCUGACUUAGGAAGCACAUCGAUUACCAACCUUGGCUUUCGAGACAACUGGGUCUUCUGCGGUGGGAAAGGAAUCAAGACUAAAAGUCCAUUUGAACAGCAUAUAAAGAACAACAAGGACACAAACAAAUACGAAGGUUGGCCAGAAGUUGUUGAGAUGGAAGGCUGUAUCCCUCAGAAGCAAGACUAAAUGAAAACAAAAGGAAAGAAGAAAGAAUAUGGAAGAAAAUGCACUUUCUGCUGUUAUUAGGGAGAGGGCUAUGAAGGAGACUGUACUGUAAAUAAUAUUUUUAAAGCAUGCAACCAUCUUGUCGGUGUGUGCAUGAGCACUGACAUUUUGAAUAUUGAGAUUAUUUAUUGCUAACACACGUAGAAAUCCUUUUGUAAAUAUGCCCGAAAUAAAAGAAACAUCGAAACAUUUCUAUGCAGGUUUCUUAAAAGCACAGUAUUUAGUUUGCCUGUGGUAAAUAAAUAUCUUGUAGAUCAACUGGCUAAUAAAUUGCAUAUGCAGAUAAUAAACAAAUCCUGACAAAUGUUGUUCUGUCCUCUUAACAACAUAAUUUUGUUGUGAGUAUGUAACCUUUGUGGAAUAGUUAGAUUUUAGUGAUAAGUUAAUAAAGAGCUUUAAAUUUUUUUUUAUCUUCUGCCUUUUUAAUGGCAGCAUCACUUUUUAUUAAAACUGUUUGGUUAUUCUAA